GGUCGACGUUCCAAUUUGCCAUUUGAAUCUGACACACAAAACACAAAACUUGACUAAACUCACUAAAUCCCAUCCGUUCUUCUGGCAGAUAAUGGCGCACAUAUAGCAACGAGCAACAGUUACACAAAAUAUAUAACAAAAAAAAAACCAAAACAAAUACAUCCAGUCGGAGCUGAUAAAGGAUAAUAGCCAACGCUACUCUUUUAGCUACAAAUAUAUUGGUUAACACCCACACACAACUACACACACACACACACACAUAAAUAUCAGCUACAGACGUCAUCGCAAUGGACUUUCAGGAAUAUCGGCAAAGGGGCAAGGAGAUGGUCGAUUAUAUCGCUGACUAUUUGGAGAAUAUACGCGAGCGCCGCGUCUUCCCCGAUGUGAGUCCCGGCUAUAUGCGUCAGCUGCUGCCGGAGUCGGCCCCAGUUGAGGGCGAGUCGUGGCAAAAGAUAUUUGGCGAUAUCGAGCCGAUUAUAAUGACCGGCGUGACUCAUUGGCAGUCACCGCAUAUGCACGGCUAUUUUCCGGCCCUCAACUCGAUGCCAUCGCUGCUGGGCGAUAUGCUGGCGGAUGCAAUCAAUUGUUUGGGCUUCACCUGGGCCAGUUCGCCGGCUUGCACCGAACUGGAAAUCGUUGUGAUGAACUGGCUGGGCAAGAUGAUUGGGCUGCCCGAUGAGUUUCUCCAUUUGAGCAACAAUUGCCAGGGCGGCGGCGUUUUGCAGACCACGGCCAGCGAGGCGACACUUGUCUGCCUGCUCGCCGGACGAACGCGGGCCAUCCAGCGUUUCCAUGAGCAUCACUCUGGCUAUCAGGAUGCCGAAAUAAAUGCCCGCCUCGUGGCCUAUUGCUCGGAUCAGGCGCACUCGAGCGUGGAGAAGGCGGCACUCAUUGGACUCGUGCGUAUGCGCUACAUUGAGGCUGACGAGGACUUGGCCAUGCGGGGCAAACCGUUGCGCGACGCCAUCGAGGACGACAUUAAGCAGGGCCUGGUCCCAUUCUGGGUGUGUGCCACACUCGGCUCCACGGGCAGCUGCAGCUUCGACAAUCUGGAUGAGAUCGGCAUCGUGUGCAGGGAGUACAACCUGUGGCUGCAUGUGGAUGCUGCCUAUGCCGGCAGCGCCUUCAUCUGUCCCGAGUUUCGCACCUGGCUGCGUGGCAUCGAGCGAGCCGAUUCGAUCGCCUUCAAUCCCUCCAAGUGGCUGAUGGUGCACUUUGAUGCCACUGCGAUGUGGGUGCGUGACAGCACCGCGGUGCAUCGCACCUUCAAUGUGGAGCCGCUGUAUCUGCAGCACGAGAACUCCGGCGUGGCCGUCGACUUUAUGCACUGGCAAAUACCGCUGAGUCGUCGCUUCCGUGCGCUCAAGGUGUGGUUUGUGCUCCGAUCCUUUGGCAUCAAGGGCUUGCAGCGCCACAUCCGGGAGGGUGUCCGUCUGGCGCAGAAGUUUGAGGCUCUGGUGCUGGCCGAUCAUCGGUUCGAGUUGCCGGCCAAGCGGCAUCUGGGUCUGGUUGUCUUCCGGAUACGCGGCGACAAUGAGAUCACCGAGCGGCUGCUGAAGCGUUUGAACUAUCGGGGCAAUCAGCACUGUGUGCCCUCCUCGCUGAAGGGACAGUAUGUUAUCCGGUUCACGAUCACCUCGGCACAGACAACGCUCGAUGAUAUUGUCAAGGAUUGGAUGGAAAUUAGGCAGGUGGCAAGCAUGGUCCUCGACGAGAUGAACAUCACAAUUGCGAAUCGCGUCUAUCUGAAGGAUACGAAGGAGAAGAGCGAAGCCUUUGGCUCUAGUUUGCUGCUAUCGAAUUCGCCAUCGUCGCCGAAGGUGGUCAAUGGCUCCUUUGCGGCCAUUUUCGAUGCCGACGAGUUUCUGGCCAAGACCUAUGCUGGCAUACGCAUAGCGCACCAGGAAUCGCCGUCGACACGUCGCCGAGUGCGUGGCAUACUCAUGUCCGGCAAACAGUUCUCGCUGGACUCGCACAUUGAUGUGGUGGCUGUGGUGCGCAACAUCACCAACCAGGGUGAAUCUGUUGCCGGACAGGGGGAAACUCGCGCUCAGGCGAGCAUCAGCGAGGAUGUGGACAACGAGGAGUCCGCCGCGGAAGAAACUGAGCUGCUGCAGCUGACCAACCUCAACUCGAAUACCCGUUCUCAUUCCCAAUCCAACUCCAACACAAACUCCAACUCGAAUAUCCAGAAUCAUAAUCACAAUCACAAUCUGAACGCCUCCACGCCAGCCAAUCACUUUCGACCCAUUACAUUGCUCACGUCGGCAUCGCCAUCGUCAUCGCCAUCGCCGUCGGACAACAGUCGGGAUGUGGAUGUCAGUGUGGACAUUUAUCAUGGCAAGAAAUUUUUGGAGCCCGUUAGCAGCCUCGUCGAGAACAGUUCCUUUACCAGCAGCAUUUGCCGUAUGCCCACGCCCAUGACGACGCCCACAGAGCCACAGCCGCCACCAGGUGACUUCGGGGACGACGACUGGCCAGCGAAGACCCUAAGCCAGCUGCUGCUGGAGCGUUACGCCAACUCCUCCUCGUCGACGGACAGCAGCAGCAUUAGUCUGGCCAGAGCUGCCACGCCCACACUGAGCAGGCUAAGCAGCCUCAAUGAAUUGGCCUCCCCGCUGCUCGGCUCCUUUGCCGCAUCCCAAUCACAGCCGCUGCACUCGGCCCUGGGCGCAUCGAGACUCAGUGACUCGGAUGCGACCAUCUGUUCGGCUGCCUCAUCGCUGGAGUCCCUAUAAAUAAUAAACUAUAUACAUAUAUAUAAUUGAUAGAGUGUAGAGAAACCAUAGUUCACUGCUGUGCAAUCAAUCAAUAAUGUUAACUAUCGUAGUACCGAUUCGAAGCUUCUAUAUAUAUAUAUAUCUAUCUGUUUAUAUGCAUGUGUGUGUAUUAAAAACAUCCUAACUCUUAUCCAAUGUAAGAUACUAUAUCCAACUAAGCAAUUAAAAGCGUUCAGUUUAAAUCAAAUAUUGGGUGGAAACCACUAAACGAACUAACCUAUUACCUAUACGAAUAUGUUUAUUACUAUUUAGCUCUAUCUCUAUUUACUAUGUUCUUACCAUAUCCUAUAUACAUAGAUGUUAACUUAUUUUACUAUUUAUUGUGAAUAAAAUUUCAGCGUUAAAGUUAAAAA